UUCAUUUUUUGUGCUUGGUACUCCUCUUACCAGCUUUUAGCUGUUUACUUGUUUUCUGUAUUGUUUUUGGUUUUACAUUUUAAGGAUGGCCGAGACUGAGCUGACCAAGGCUUUGCGAGAUUUGCCGAUUCGCGUACAAACUGCAAGUAGGAAGGAGAGAUUAAAUGUUCUGCAAAAUGUCGUGUCGGUGUUGUCAAACCCAGGGAUCACGGAGGGCAUCGUGCGUGGCAUCUGCAAGGUGCUGGUGCUCACGCUGCCCCGGUACCGGGACAGCACAUCGCAGUCGUACGUGCGCAACGUCAUAGUGGAGCUGACGAGGCUGCACUGCGACUGGACCAUGAAGCACCUCACCGCGACCCUGAGCGACGUGGCCUCUGCCCACAAGAGCCUGGUUCACACCAAGAGCACGUCGCAGACGGCGCUGUACGCGCUGGGCUGGUCCUGCCUGCUGGUGGAGCACGGCCUCGGGAGGUGCUCGGACGGCGCCAAGGCGGACUUCCAGCCGCUGGUCGAGGCCCAGGCGGCGCUGCUGGCGGCCGCGGUGGCCGCGCGGGACCGCAAGGCGCGCUCCAAGGCCUACCGCCUCCUGUCGACGACGUGGCGCUCCGUCCCGGGCUGCGAGGAGCUGUACGGCAACGCCCUGUGCGGCGCCGAGCCGGGGGGCCACGUCGCGGUGCUCGGGUCGUACCUGCUGCAGCACCUGGCCGGGGCCGGGAGGACCGACCUGGUCGACAGGUACAAGCCGGCGCUGCUCGACACGUUCAUCAAGGUGGUGGUGAGCGCGAAGCAGAAGCCGUCCGUGUGGGUGAUCGCGGAGAGCCGGGUGCUGCUGAGACACGUCUCGCACGAGGAGUUCCGGCAGCAGCUCCUGCCGGCCAUGCGCAAGGCCACGCUGCGCAACCCCGAGGUCAUCCUGGAGGCGGUGGGGCACAUCCUCGCCUGCCUGUCCCUGGACCUCAGCCAGUACGCGCUCGACAUCUGCAAGAACCUGGCCGCGAACCUGCACGCGAAGGACGACCUGGCGCGGGAGGAGGCCGUGUUCGCGUGCCGCAGCCUCGCGCAGCAGUGCAGCGACGCCGGCGCGCUGGAGUCCCUCCUGCAGCACCUGUUCGACGUGUUCCACGGCUCCGAGGGCAAGCUCACCGUCGCCACCCACAAGAUCAGUGUGCUGGAGGGAGCAGGAAGCCUCAGCCACAAUGCCGUCACGGGGAGCAGUGUGUACAAGCUGGCAUCCUUUGCUGCUGAUCAUUUCAUCAAGGUUCUGGAAAUUGAAGUUCAUGAGAAAACACUCAUCCAAGCACUCGAAAUGUUCUCCUUGUGGUGCGCCAAGUUCAGUAAUGAAGUUCCGAGCAAGGUUGUCGAAUGGUUGAAGAAAGGCACCAGCCUGAAGACAUCUACAGCGGCAGUUCGCACGGCAUACAUCAGUUGCAUGUCCGCAUGCUUCAAUGGCAACACCCUGUCGCAAGGAGUGGAGCUUGUACCUCAUCUUUUGAAAACUGUGGAGAAGGCAGUUGCCCAGCCGACGCAGGUACCCGUCGUGACUGAGGCACUCGCUGCCACCUGCCUCCUCCUCAAGAUGGCAUCCACGGACUUGUGUCCCGAGAAAAGUCUCAAUAACUUGUGGAAUAUUAUCCUGGACAUGGACAAGCAGUUAUUUAUCUCUGAAAAGUUCCUCACGCUCGCCUCUGAUGACGCCCUGUACCUGGUGAUGACGCUGUGCGAGCGCCUGCUGCUGGACCACGAGGAGCGCCUGGACGGGCGCGCGGGCCCCGUGCACAGGGCCGUGCUGUUCUGCCUCACGGCGCCCGGCUCCCGCCUGCGCCUGCGCUGCUGCGCGGCCGCCCGCCGCAUGGUGUCUACGCUGGGCGGCACGGCGCUCGCCAGGCUCCUGCUGCGCGAGCUGGCCCGGCAGCUGCGCGACCGCCCCGCCCCCUCCUCCUCCCCGCUCGACCACGACAAGGAGAACCAGGACGGCCCCGACCACGGCGGGGGAGGAGGAGGGGGGCAGGCCCCCGCCAAGGUGCUGGUGGGGUGCAUCACCACCAUCUGCUCCGGGGUCAACCUGGCGCCCGAGGACGCCCAGACGCUGGCCCAGGACAGCCUCGUCUGCUGCCACGACCCCUCCAUAGUUUCAGUCUCGCCUGAUUUGUGGCUCAGGCUGUUGAAGCAUUUGAAGCUAGACCCGAGAACUUUCAUAGAGUCUAACAAGGAUAAACUUACAAAACUGCUGGUGGAGGAGUAUGCUCCUACUGCGUAUCUCCAUAACUCUUUGAAGACUGUAGUCAGUUUGAAUCCUGACUCCAUUUUGGGCUCAUUAGUGUCGUUUGUGGUGGACAGCUUGAAUGACGCUAGCAUUCUCCAUGUCACAAAGAACGAUUACUUCACAUUUCUGAUGCCAGAGGGAGAACUGUACGACAAAAGUGUGAUUGCUGGGAAGGACCAGGAGAGCGAGCUGAACGCCAGGAACGUGAAGCGCGAGAGCAAGGCGUACUCAUACAAGGAGCAGCUGGAGGCCCUGCAGCUGCGCCGGGAGCUGGAGGAGAAGAAGCGACGCCAGGGCAAGCUGAAGCAGCCGGAGCUCAGCCCCAAGCAGCAGGAGGCCAUGCGGCUGCAGCUGGAGAAGGAGAGCGCCGUCCGCGCCCGCCUCUCCCAGUUAAACCAGAAGUUAAUUAAGACAGUAUCCAUGGUGACCGCCGCCAUCGAAGGCACCGGCCGAGAGUUGUCCGUGUACUUCCGGGAUCUCCUCCCGCCAAUCCUGAGGAACUUGCAGUCCCCGCUGGCAGCACCCUACCUCACAAAGCUGUUCGUUGACCUCCGGAAGUGCGUGUUCUUUGGUGAACAAGAAUCUCUAGGCGAGCUGGUGGCGCACGUGACGUUGCGGCUCCAGGAGCCGCAGUGCGACACGGACGCGCGCUGGGAGGGGGAGGAGCUCUCGGCGGCCAUGACGCGCGCCGUGCGCUCGGUGCACCGCGCGACCCGGGGACGCGGCGCGGUCCCGCUCUCCGCCCCGGCGUUCUGCUACGUGUUCCCGCUGCUGCGGUCGGCGCUCCUGUCGCCGCUGGCCAGGAUCGACGACGACCUCGUGGUGGCGAGCCUGCAGGUGGUGUCCGUGCACGCGCAGGUGCGCGGCGAGGGUGGCGGGCUGCACCACCCGGGACUGCUGCCGCGCAGGGAGAUGUUCCAGCUGCUCAUCGAGAUCAUUGGCCGCACCAGCUCCCGCAUCCAGGCCCAGGCGGGCGCCGCGCUGCUGGACGUCGCGACGUCGGGGUCGGGGGUGGAGGGCGCCGCGAGAGCCUCUGCGGACGAGAUCGACUGCCUGCUCAGCGCCCUCCAGAAUCCUUCCGCCGUGGUGCGGGACGCUGCUCUCCGGGGCCUGGCAGUAAUGGUGCAUGCUCUUCCUACCCUGGAUGAUAACCCUGAUCAAGCUGUGUGCUUAACGAGAAGAGUUUGGGUUGCAAAGUUUGAUGUUCACGAAGAAAACAGGGCGCUGGCCGAGAAGCUGUGGACGGUGGCGGGGCUGCGGCCCUCGCUGGUGAUGUGGGAGGACCUCAUGACGGACGUCGUCCACCCGGUGGACGACCUUCAGAAGGCCGGGGCGCGGGCCCUGGCCGCCCUGCUCGAGCAGGAGCGCGACCUGGUCGACCGUGUGCUCGACAAGCUGCUCGAGACCUACCACGGCAAGCUGUCGAUUGUCCCGCCGAAGCUGGACAGUUUCGGACGAGUGAUCGAGCAGCCGAUUGACACGUGGGAGCCGCGCAGCGGAGUGGCGCUGGCCCUUGCGCAGGUCGCUCCGCUACUCGACUGCAAGUCGGUCGCUCAGAUGGUCACGUUCUUCGUGCCCACGGGCCUGGGCGACCGCAACGAAGAGGUUCGCAAGAACAUGCUCGCAGCUGCGUUGGCUGCCGUCGACAGCCACGGGAAGGAAACUGUGAACAGUUUGCUGCCCGUGUUCGAAGACUUCCUGGACCAAGCCCCAGAUUCCGGGAGCUUUGACGCCGUGAGGCAGUCUGUCGUAAUCCUAAUGGGGUCGCUUGCUCGCCAUUUGGACAAAGAUGACCGCAAGAUCAGGCCAAUUGUCACAAAGCUGAUAGAUGCUCUCUCUACACCGUCACAGCAGGUGCAGGAGGCGGUGGCCAACUGCCUCCCGCCGCUCGUCCCGGCCGUCAAGGACGAGGCUCCGCAGAUCGUGCAGAAGCUGCUGAGCCAGCUGCUAGAGUCGGAGAACUACGGGGAGCGGAAGGGGGCGGCCUACGGCCUGGCCGGCCUCGUGAAGGGGAUGGGCAUACUGGCCCUCAAGCAGCUCGACAUCAUGAACACCCUCACCACGGCCAUCCAGAACAAGAAGAACUUCAGGCACAGAGAAGGAGCGCUGUUUGCGUUCGAGAUGCUGUGCAACAUGCUGGGGCGGCUGUUCGAGCCGUACAUCGUCCACGUGCUGCCCCACCUGCUGCUGUGCUUCGGCGACGGCAACCAGUACGUGCGGGACGCGACGGACGAGACGGCGCGCGUCGUCAUGAGCAAGCUCUCGGCGCACGGCGUGAAGCUGGUGCUGCCCUCGCUGCUGGCCGCACUCGAGGAGGACUCCUGGAGGACCAAGACCGGCUCGGUGGAGCUGCUCGGGGCGAUGGCGUACUGCGCGCCCAAGCAGCUGUCGUCCUGCCUGCCGAGCAUCGUGCCCAAGCUCAUCGAGGUGCUGAGCGAUUCCCACGUCAAGGUGCAGAAGGCCGGGGCCCAGGCCCUGAAGCUCAUCGGCUCGGUCAUCCGCAACCCCGAGAUACAAGCCAUCGUGCCGGUGCUGCUGGAGGCACUGCAGGACCCGUCGAACCGCACGGCCACGUGCCUCCAGACGCUGCUCGACACGCAGUUCGUGCACUUCAUCGACGCCCCGUCGCUGGCGCUCAUCAUGCCCGUGGUGCAGCGCGCCUUCAUGGACCGCUCCACGGAGACGCGCAAGAUGGCCGCGCAGAUCAUCGGCAACAUGUACUCGCUGACGGACCAGAAGGACCUGACCCCGUACCUGCCCACCAUCAUCCCCGGCCUCAAGUCCUCGCUGCUGGACCCCGUGCCCGAGGUGCGCAGCGUGUCCGCGCGAGCCCUGGGCGCCAUGGUGCGAGGCAUGGGCGAGUCGAGCUUCGAGGAUCUGCUCCCGUGGCUCAUGCAGACGCUCACCUCGGAGACCAGCUCCGUGGACCGCUCGGGAGCCGCCCAGGGCCUCAGCGAGGUGGUGGGCGGCCUCGGGGUCGAGAAGCUGCACAAGCUCAUGCCCGAGAUUAUAAGCACGGCUGAGAGAACUGACAUAGCACCGCACGUGAAAGAUGGCUACAUCAUGAUGUUCAUAUACAUGCCUGUUGCUUUCACCAACGAAUUCACACCCUACAUUGGUCAGAUCAUAAACCCAAUAUUAAAGGCACUUGCAGAUGAAAACGAAUUUGUGCGUGACACAGCGCUGAAGGCAGGCCAGCGCAUUGUGAACCUGUACGCGGACAAGGCCAUCACUCUGCUGCUGCCGGAGCUCGAGAGAGGGCUUUUCGACGACAACUGGAGGAUCCGCUACAGCUCCGUGCAGCUUCUGGGAGACCUGCUCUACAGGAUAUCGGGAGUUUCGGGAAAGAUGAGCACAGAGACUGCUGACGAAGACGACAACUUUGGAACAGAACAGUCUCAUCAGGCCAUCAUCGACGCGCUGGGCGGAGGCCGCCGCAACAGGGUGCUGGCAGGGCUGUACAUGGGCCGCUCGGACGUGGCGCUGAUGGUGCGCCAGGCGGCGCUGCACGUGUGGAAGGUGGUGGUGACCAACACCCCUCGCACCCUGCGCGAGAUCCUCCCCACGCUCUUCAGCCUGCUGCUGGGCUGCCUCGCCAGCACCAGCUACGACAAGCGACAGGUGGCGGCACGCACCCUGGGAGACCUGGUGCGCAAGCUGGGGGAGCGGGUGCUGCCCGAGAUCAUACCCAUCCUGGAGAAGGGGCUGGAGUCGGACCAGCCGGACCAGCGGCAGGGCGUGUGCAUCGGCCUGUCGGAGAUCAUGGCCUCCACCAGCAAGGACAUGGUGCUGACGUUCGUGAACAGCCUGGUGCCCACGGUGCGCCGGGCGCUGUGCGACCCCCUGCCCGAGGUGCGGCAGGCCGCCGCCAGGACCUUCGACAGCCUGCACGCAACCGUGGGGGUGCGCGCCCUCGACGACAUCCUGCCCGCCAUGCUGGCCCAGCUGAACGACCCGGACCCGAGGGUGGCGGAGGCAACCCUGGACGGGCUACGCCAGGUGAUGGCCAUCAAGUCGCGCGUGGUGCUGCCCUACCUGGUGCCGCAGCUGAUAGCUCCGCCGCGCGUCAACACCAAGGCCCUGUCGAUCCUGGCGUCCGUGGCGGGCGAUGCGCUCACCAAGUACCUGCACAAGAUCCUGCCCGCGCUGCUGGCCGCGCUCUCCAGCAGCCAGGGCACCCCGCGCGAGGCUCAGGAGCUGGAGUACUGCCAGGCGGUGGUGCUCUCCGUCACGGACGAGGUCGGCAUCCGCACGGUGAUGGACCAGCUGAUGGAGGCCACCCGCGCGGACGACGCGGAGCUGCGCCGCGCCGCGGUGACGCUGCUGUGCGCGUUCUGCCGUCACACGCACGCCGACUACUCCCAGUACGUGCCGCAGCUGCUGCGCGGACUCAUCCACCUCUUCACCGACUCCGACCGCGACAUCCUGCAGAUGGCGUGGGAAGCCCUCAGCGCCGUCACCAAGACACUGGACUCAACCCAGCAGACGGCCCAUGUUGGGGACAUCAGGCAAGCCGUGAGAUUUGCCGUCAGCGACCUGAAGGGUCAGGACCUCCUGCCCGGGUUCUGCCUGCCCAAGGGCAUCACGCCGAUCCUGCCGAUAUUCAGGGAGGCCAUCCUGAACGGCCUGCCCGAGGUGAAGGAGCAGGCGGCGCAGGGCCUCGGGGAGGUGAUCAAGCUGACGAGCGCGGAGGCCCUGCAGCCGUCCGUGGUGCACAUCACCGGCCCGCUCAUCCGCAUCCUCGGCGACCGCUUCAACUGGAACGUGAAGGCCGCGGUGCUCGAGACCCUGGCUCUGCUGCUGGCCAAGGUGGGCGUGAUGCUGAAGCAGUUCCUGCCCCAGCUUCAGACCACGUUCCUGAAGGCCCUCAACGACUCCAACAGGCAGGUGCGCAUCAAGGCUGCCAACGCGCUCAGCCACUUGAUCGUCAUCCACACCAAGGCCGACCCCGUCUUCACGGAGCUCCACACGGGGGUGAGGACCACAGACGACCCGGCCAUCAGGGAGACGAUGCUCCAAGCCCUGCGCGGCAUGAUCUCGCCGGCGGGGGACAAGAUGUCGGAGCCCCUGCGCAAGUCUGUGUACACCACGCUGACCAACAUGCUGGGCCACUCGGAGGACGUCACCCGCUCCGCCGUGGCCGGCUGCCUGGGGGCGCUGUGCCGCUGGCUGUCCCCGGACCAGCUGAACGCAGCGCUCUCCGACCACUUGCUGGCUGACGACCUGACCUUGGACUGGACGCUCAGGCACGGUCGCAGCGCCGCGCUGUCUGUCGCGCUGAAGGAGGCUCCGGGCCAGGUGUACACGGACGCACGCAGGGAAAAGCUGUGCCGUGUGCUGCUGGCGUACCUCACGGCAGACAGGGUGCCUAUCGCGAUGAACGGAGUGAGGGGUUGCGGUUACCUCUUCAAGCACCUGCUCCUGACGAACCAGCCCCUACCCCAGCAGCUCCUGGUGCCGUUUGUUCGCACGAUGAACCACGGCAGCAACGAGGUGAAGCAGCUGCUGGCGCGCGUGUGCUCGGCGCUGGGCAAGACGGUGCCUCCCCCGCAGCUGGCGCCAGAGUUCCUCAAGGCCGUCAUCCCCAUGCUGGUGAACGGCACCAAGGAGAAGAACAGCUACGUCAAGGCCAACAGCGAGCUGGCGCUGGUGUCCGUGCUCCGCCUGCGCCACGCCGACGACAUGCAGCAGCACUGCCUGAGCCUGCUGGACGUGGGUGCCAAGGAGUCGCUGAGCGACGUGAUCAGCAAGGUCCUGCGCAAGGUCGCCAACCAGCCCGAGGGCAAGGACGAGGACCUGGACGACACCCUCAUAACCUGAUUGGCCGGCGCGGAGCGGCCCGAGCGAGACUGCGCUGCCGCUGCCGCUCACGUCCGCCGCCGCCCCGGCGACGGCAGAGCCACGUCAUAGUAGGGGGGCACUUUCGAGGUAUUCCUUCUCCGUCUUCAUUUGCUGGCGUCUGCCCAGUGAAGCCCGGUUCAAGAUGUGGCUAACUUUGUGGUAUACACAUUAAUAGAAGUGCUGGUUUUUUUACAAAUGCAUACCGUACUUUAUAAAAUGUGAGUGAAGAAUGAUUGUGAAUCUCUUGAAAGUGCCCCUGAAGUUAUUUAUCAAAAUUAAGUGUCCUAGCCGGUGUCUUGUGUAUCAAAAUGUUCACUCACAAUGUUUGUUUAAUAUUUACCGCUUUAAAGAAGACUGUUUAUAAUUUUAUUGAUUUCUUACUUUCCUGUUGUCCAUAGAUGUUUAUUAUUGCAAUGUGUACAACAAUUCGAUAAAUAUUUGAGUAGAGGCUGUGUAUAUUUAAUUUUUUUUAAAAAUUAAUUUUGUGAAUUAAUGGACCUCAAGAGUUUUACAUUUCAAAGUUAUUUUGUUUUCCAUGGAAUUAAUGUUUAUGAUGGAUGUUUAUUACUGUGAUUGUUUCAUCUGAAAUAAAAAUAGCUGUAUGAUGUACAAUAAUGUGUUUAUCAUGAAGUCAUGAUUAAAUUUUUUGCGUGUCUCAGUGUCGGAACUUGUAACAUGAGUAACUUCAGAUAAGAUGAUUUCUCAAUUCUUUUUGAAUCCAUACAUUUUAACCAGUGUAAUUGCAGCACUAAAUAGUUGGAAUUUUGAUCACUUAAUUCCUUGAAACAAUAUACAUUGUACAAAACUAUUGCUCAGGAUGUUGGCGAAAUCAUAUACAUACUACAUUUUUUUUUUUCCUGUCUGUAAAUCCUCACAACAAGCUGUGGUACUUUUUACAAAAAAAGUGUAAAUAGGUAUCCAAGACAACAGCAUACACUCACACAACUAUAAGCUAUUGGAAUGGGUAAUCAGUUGGUAGAGUUAUCAGUAUAAGAACAACUACAGCAGUAAUAAAAUGUAUUUUAUUUGUGUGUGAAAUAUGUACAAAAUAUCAGUUCUUCGGACGGCAGUUUCCAAAUGUUGGUUCUUAGUUUCCAUGAACAUGCAUAAAAACCUUAUGGAUAACCACAACCAUUUUUCAGUCUAAUGUGGUAAACUUACUUUAGGCACUGUGUAACCAGAUACAGACCCUCGAGAAAGAGUUUAAAAAAAAAUGUGAAGUAGCUUUUUUUCAGUAUUGAUGGUCAUGGAAGAAAAAUGUAAAAGUUAUAAGACAAAGACAUCACAAACUAAACUAAAAAUUAAAAUAUUUAGAGUAAGUACAUUUGUAUAGGAACAACAUAAUUCACUUUACAUCGAAGAGCUUUUAUGAUACAGUAACUACAUUAUUUUUGUUACUAAUGCUGGUUCAAAUUUUCAUAGGAAGUGAACAAACUGUUUAAAAAUAUCAGUAGUUAAGUAAUACAAAAAAGCUUGGUAAAAAAAAUAAUUAGGUACCUAUUUACAAUCACCUCAUAACCAUGAAGGAAAUAUGUAAUAUACCACGUGAAAGAAACUGGAGAUAUACAUUGUGUUUGGUUAUGUGAUUAAAAAGCAAGUGUUUAGGUAUGAGCUUCAAAAACAUAAUUAUUUCACUAAAAUUUUACAUGCAAUCAGCAUCAGCAUCUUGAUUUUGUGUGUUCUUGGACUUACUCUCUUGACGAAAACCAACCUGGGAACCUUCACAAACAGUACUCCCUGACAAUGCAGAUACAUUUGUGAAAACCGUGCAACGACUUGCAUCAUUAGGACCAUAAAUUUGCCCAAUUAUGUUGGAGAUUUGGUUACAGUAUAUUAAUGACCUAAAGAUUUAUUUCAUACGUGAUUAAGUCCCACUUUCUGCCCUUGGGGAUCACUAGCCGUUUUGCUAAAUGAUGCACCUUCUGUGUGUUUUCUAUGUACUUUGGGCCUUAGUAUUUCCUUUUGGGUUUUUUGCAUGAUAGCAAUUUCUAGUUGUUAGUCUGAAAUGCUUUAAUGUAUCUGAAACUUCUGUUUUGACACAGUUUGGAUUUUAGAAUAUUUUAUUUUAUCAGGCUGUAUUUUAAUGUAUAGGUUAGCACUUAAUCUUGUGAAUAAGCUUCAUUCUUAAAGUUGCAUUUUCGGAGCGAUGUUUGGCCAUGAUAUGCCAUCGCUAUUACCGCUUUUCGCUCUCAAACUUCUCAAACACUCAACAGCUUGUCUGAAACCAUUUUAUUUCUCUUGUAGGAUUUUAUGACAAUUUCAAGAAGAUGUGUGGGAAACCCAUUCACGGCGAGUAAGCUGUCUAUAUGGUAAUCAAAACGUCAUAAAGAAUCAGUUAUUUUCUUUAGCAAACCUUCCCUGAGUCACGUAUUCAUCUUGCAUACCUGGAUCACUACUGUACACCUGGUGUUUCAAUGGCUCCUUUGUUUACAAAAAAAAAAAAGUAUUG